GUUUCAUUUCAUAUGAUUGAAAAAUUCAUCCCAAAAGUUUCUUGGAUCCCAAACAAGCAUUAUUCAGGAGUUUAUGGAUUGUUAAAACUCAUCCUUCCAGAUGCAAUCAACGAAAAUAAAGUAUUGGUUCUAGAUACGGACGUUACGGUCUUAAAUGAUAUUUCAUUACUCUGGGAGUUAUUUAGAAAUUUUAACGAUAAUCAAGUCUUAGGUUUAGUUGAAAAUCAAAGUGACUGGUAUAUUAAGUCAUUGUCGUAUAAUUCACAUCCAUGGCCAGCUUUAGGGAGGGGUUUUAACUCCGGAGUCAUACUUAUGGAUUUAAAGAGGAUGCGAGCCAAUAGAUUUUCGCAACUUUGGAAGAGUACAGCAUCUACUGUUUUGAAAGAAAUCUCAGAGACGAGUUUAGCAGAUCAGGACAUAAUUAAUGCAGUCAUAAAAAGUAAUCCUAAAUUUGUUUACACGAUUGAUUGUACGUGGAACGUUCAGUUGAGUGACCACGCACUCAGUGAAAACUGUUACAACAACGUUAAUCAGUUGAACAUCAUCCACUGGAAUUCCCCGAGAAAACAAAAUGUUAGAAAUAAGCACGCCCAAGACUUUAGAAAAAUGCAUAAAGUAUUUUUAGAACUUGAUGGGAAUUUGUUGAGACGAAGACUAUUUAGCUGCCAUACUAAUGAAAAAAAAACCCAAAUAAAUGACAUGGAUCCGUGUUAUAAAUUUCAAGAAGGAGCCAAUAUCGUUUAUAGAACCCAUAUAUUUCUUCUAGAGUAUGAGUACAACGUAGUCAAUCCUUAUGACAUUUUUCUUGCAACUCAAUGUAGUUUUGACAGAAUCUCGCUGCUUGAAGACCUAUCAGACCAUUGGCCAGGAGUAAUUAGUGUUGCCCUUUAUUUGACUGAUGCAGAAGUACAAAGUUUCUUAGAUUUUGUUCAAAAUUCUGAAAAACUUAGUGAUCGGAAAAAUAUAGCAUAUCACGUUGUAUACAAAGAAGGGGACUUAUAUCCCGUCAAUUAUUUAAGGAAUGUUGCAAUGAACUAUAUUAAUCUCCCGUUCGUCUUUCAAUUGGAUAUUGAUUUUCUGCCGCAAUAUGGAUUGUAUUUAACUUUAAUUAAUCAUGUUAUUCAGGAGAAUUUAACUCACUCUCAAUAUAUUGCCCUUGUUGUUCCUGCCUUUGAAACUCAGCGAUAUAGGUUCACUUUUCCAACAUCAAAAACUGAACUUUUAAAGUAUUUAAGUUAUGGAAUUUUGUAUACGUUUCGGUACCACGUAUGGGCUCGAGGUCAUGCUCCGACCAACUAUGAUUUGUAUAAAAAUUCUACUAAACCUUAUGAAGUUGCUUGGGAACCAGAUUACGAACCUUUCAUCGUUGUUUCAAAAUCUGCACCUGUAUAUGACACAAGAUUUCUAGGGUUUGGUUGGAAUAAAGUGUCUUACAUAACCCAUUUAACAGCUUUAGGGUACAAGUAUAUUGUUUUACCAGAUACAUUUAUUAUUCAUCGACCACACGCCCCUAGUCGAGAUAUUGGAAAAUUCAGAACAGACGCUUCAUACAGACGAUGCCUAAAAUCAAUAAAAGACAUGUUUAUAGAUAAUAUUCUUAGACAACUUGGAAACACAGCUUUAAUGAAUCUUAAAAAAAUGUUUAACAAAGAUGUCAAGAACGCUCAAAACAUAUCAAACCUGUGAACUGUGUAGCAAAAUGAUUCGUUUCUGAUGCGUUGGUUGUGCCUUGAUCAUACAAGACUAUAAUAAAUUUCAAUUUGAUAUAACAGAA